AUGACGACGUCGACGUCGGGCGCGAGGACGAUUCAGGUGUGCCAGUACAACGCGCUCGCCGACGCGUUGGCGCUGAACGACGCGUUCGCGAGCGCGUACUACGGCGAGGACGACGCCGAGGCGAACGAGGAAAUGUAUGAUUUGAAUUGGACGAAACGGUCGAAGGAUUUGCUUCGAGCGAUCACGUCGAAUGAUUCGACGACGGCGCCGGACGUCAUUUGCAUGCAAGAGUGCGAUCACUACUACGAUUUCUUCGAGCCCGAGCUGAAGAAACUCGGGUACGCGGGGUUGUACAAGGAAGAUCAGUGGUCGCCUUGUCGUAAAUUCGGCGCGCCGUGCGAUGGCGUGUGCAUCUUUUACAAAACUGACAAACUCGAGCUGUUGUCGUCGCACGCGCCGGGGACGCCGCGCGCGCGCAAGGACGACCCGGCGCUCAACGCCGGGAAGACGUUAAUGGCGAGGUUUCGGUUGAAGAAGGAUCCUCGAAGCGAGUCUGGAAUCCGCAACGCGAUCGGUACGCUCAUUCGCGGCAACGCCAAGCCCGUGUUCUCGGGAGAGGAUCUCCAAGAAAUCGUCGUCGUCACCACCCAUCUCGAGUCGGCGAAAACCGUCGACGGCAUCAUCACUCGACUGGAGCAAACGAAAGAGUUGUGCCGACACUUGAACGCGUUCGCCACGAGUUUGUGCGCGGACGUGGAUAAAGUCCAAAUCAUCAUCGCCGGAGAUUUGAACGCGACGCCCAACGAGGCGUGCGUGGUGCACUUGCGCGGACGCGGCAUGCGCAACGCGUACGAGGACAUGAGCGCGGCCCUCGGCGAUAAAAACUCAAACAGAUUUUCGACGUGGAAGACGCGCACCGGGUUGUUCAAGACCGGAGAAGUCAAACACACGAUCGAUUACAUCCUCUACUCGGCCCAUCGAGGAAGCAAAGUGGUGAGCGUGGCCAAGCUACCGGACGAGAGCGAAAUCCCGAGCGACGUCGGAUUGCCGACGUUUGGAUUUCCGAGCGACCACCUUCCGUUACAAGCGCGCAUCGCGAUCCCGCCGUGA